AUGUUCUUUCGCGACACCACACCCACGGUAAUCCUGAGAGAGAGAGAGAAGGAAGCACUUCUCUACGAAGUGACAUCGUCGCAUGUAAUCUCUCAUUUCCAGAGGUACUUUACCGACUGUGAAAGCGACUUGGCGUCGGAAUCCACCGAUUUGCCCCCGAGUUUCCCUUCUCCAAAGCUGACUACUGCUGAUAUUGGUACGCGUUCAAUGAAAAAAGGUGAUCAUGUGACUAAGAAGGAUACGAAUGGUGUUGGCGCUUCGGCUGCGGCCUGCGGUGCUUGCGCCCCUGAUACCAUUGGUGGACGACAGGUCACUGACCAUUCGAAAGACUAUGGAUGCACGUUGGCACAGCUGCGCAGCCUUAUGGAGGCGCGAGGCGCAGAGGCUAUCGUUAGGUUAUCCACUGAGCACGAUGGCGUUGACGGUUUAUGUGAAAAACUCAAAGUCGACCCAGUUCGGGGCCUGGCCAACAACGCUACGGACCUCGACAAACGAAGAGCGGCUUUCGGAGCGAAUACGAUCCCACCGGCUAAGAGUAAAAGCUUUGUGAGAUUACUGUUCGACGCUUGUAGAGACCCCACUCUAAUUAUUCUCGUUGUUUCUGGAUUCGUCAAUUUGGCGCUAUCAUUCUACGAACCUGAAAUGCAAGCACCUGUCGAAGAGGACAUGGUGACUUCGGCGGCUCUUAUGACUGGGGCUUUACUGAACAAUACCAUUGGAUUUGACCUGCUGAACUCCACAUUAUCGCUGAAUACAACUGCAGAACCACAAGGAGAAGGACAUGGAACUGCCUGGAUCGAAGGAGUUGCAAUUUUGCUCUGCGUUGUUGUCGUCGUUCUUGUGACAGCGAUGAACGAUUACUCGAAAGAACGACAGUUCAGAAGCUUACAGGAAAAGAUCGAGACCGGGCAAAAGUUUUCGGUGAUUCGUGACGGUGAAGCGAUAGAUGUACCAGUUUCGGAUCUUGUGGUUGGAGAUAUUGCUCGCGUUAAGUACGGUGAUCUUAUACCAGCGGAUGGUUUCCUCCUACAAGGAAAUGACUUGAAGAUCGACGAGUCAUCACUCACCGGCGAAUCUGAUCACAUUAAAAAAACGCCCGAAUCCGAUCCUGUACUUUUGUCGGGUACAUAUGCUAUGGAAGGUUCUGGUAAGAUGGUAUUGACAGCGGUUGGAGUGAACUCACAAACUGGUAUCAUCAUGACGCUUCUCGGUGCUGGAAAACCUGGGGUGGGAGGGGUUGACGAUGAUUCAACCUCUACCUCAUCCUCGUCUAGCUCCUCGUCAAGUUCAUCCAGUUCAAAUUCUUCUAGAUCAUCAAGCUCCAGCAGAAAUAGUGACGACGAUGAUGGUUUAUCGGCGAAAUCUGUGCUUCAGUCGAAGCUCUCGAAGCUGGCUCUUCAAAUUAUUUAUUGUGGAACGACCGUAGCCGCUGUAGCCUUAGUCGUGUUGGUGACGAGAUUUUGCAUUGAACAUUAUGUCAGAGAUGGGAUUCCUUUCAGCAUAGCUGAUAUUCAGAUGUUCGUGAAAUUCUUUAUCAUAGCUGUUACUAUUCUUGUGAUUUCAAUCCCUGAAGGCCUACCUCUGGCUAUCGCGCUUGCUCUUACCUAUUCGGUUAGAAAGAUGAUGUUUGAUAACAAUCUCGUACGACAUCUAGACGCAUGUGAAACGAUGGGUAAUGCGACGUCGAUUUGCUCGGAUAAGACGGGAACAUUGACCACAAAUAGAAUGACUGUUGUAGACUCGUACAUAAACGGAAACCAUUACGAAGGUCAAGACAAUCAGCCGAACGGUGCUGCUCUUCCCGGAAACACAGCUCAUCUAAUCACUGAAGCCAUAUCUGUGAACAGUGCGUACAAUUCAAUGAUCAUGGAGCCAACGAAACCAGGCGAACAAGUCCAACAGCUUGGCAACAAGACGGAAUGUGGUUUACUGGGAUUCGUGCAGAAAUUGGGCGGCGAUUACGCCACUAUUAGAAAGAAGUUUCCUGAAGAGUCGUUCCUGAAGGUCUACACUUUCAAUUCCUCCCGAAAAUGUAUGAUGACUGUGAUUCGAUUGGUGGAAAACGGUGUAGAUAUCGGAUAUCGAAUUUACUGUAAAGGAGCCAGCGAAAUCAUUCUUGGCAGAUGUGCGUAUCUAAUCGGGUCCGAUGGCAAACCACAUACCUUUUCCAGUGAUAGAUUGAAAGAGAUAACAGCUACCAUAAUUUCUCAAAUGGCAAACAAUGGUCUACGCACAAUUUGCAUCGCAUACAAGGAUUACAUUCGCAAAAGUGCAAGAGAAGCCGAGCGAACUGAGAUCCCCUUCGAGAAAGAUGAGGAUAUUAAUUGGGAUGAUGAAGAAGAAAUGUAUAAGAACUUUGUUGGAAUUGCAAUUUGUGGAAUCCAAGAUCCUGUUCGACCCGAAGUACCUGCUGCUAUUGAAAAAUGUAAAAGGGCUGGGAUCACUGUUCGGAUGGUCACCGGUGACAACAUUAACACGGCUAGAGCAAUCGCGAUGUCGUGCAGAAUCCUGGAACCUGGUGAGGACUUCUUAGCCCUCGAGGGAAAAGAAUUCAACGAAAGAAUUCGUGACGAAAACGGGAAAGUGUCACAAGCGAAACUGGACGAGAUUUGGCCAAGAUUGCGAGUACUGGCUCGUGCGCAACCGGCUGAUAAAUACACUCUCGUGAAGGGCAUCAUUGACAGCAAGGCUACACCUCAGAGAGAAAUUGUUGCUGUAACUGGUGACGGUACAAACGAUGGUCCUGCGCUGAAGAAGGCUGAUGUCGGAUUCGCAAUGGGCAUCGCCGGUACGGAUGUGGCUAAAGAAGCAUCAGAUAUUAUUCUCACUGAUGACAACUUUACCUCGAUCGUUAAGGCUGUGAUGUGGGGACGAAACGUGUACGAUUCGAUCUCAAAAUUCUUGCAGUUCCAACUGACUGUGAACGUCGUUGCUGUCAUCACAGCUUUUAUCGGUGCAGUUACGGUGUCCGAUUCACCACUGAAGGCCGUACACAUGCUCUGGAUCAACCUUAUCAUGGACACGUUGGCCUCGUUGGCGUUGGCAACGGAGGUGCCGACCGAUGAGCUUCUCAACAGGAAACCCUAUGGAAGGAAAAAGUCACUAAUUUCUCGCACUAUGGUCAAGAACAUUCUCUGUCAUGCGCUCUACCAACUACUUAUUCUAUUUACGAUUUUCUACUACGGUGACCGUAUCUUCAACAUAAAAUCUGGUCUGUACGCUCCGCUGUUUGCUCCGCCUUCACAGCACUUCACAAUUGUUUUUAAUGCUUUUGUAAUGAUGACUUUGUUCAAUGAAGUCAACGCUAGAAAGGUUCAUGGUGAAAGAAACGUUUUCAAGGGUCUUGCUAGUAACCGAGUUUUCUGCGUGAUCUGGAUAUCGACAUUUGUUGGUCAAAUAUUGAUCACACAAUUUGGAGGCGCGUGGUUCUCCACAGCUCCUCUAACCGUUAAGCAGUGGAUCGUGUGUCUCGCUUUGGGACUAUCAACUCUUGUUUGGGGACAAAUUGUAGCGACUAUUCCUAGCAAGAAAUUGCCUAAGACCUGGAAAGUUGGGCGUGGGGAGGUUGAGCCGUCGAAGAUCCACAUUAACGGUGAUUACAACGUGCGCACUAGAUCACGUGCGCUUACCGUUCGUCGUACUGGAAAAUCGUUAUGGAUGCGCGGAAUGUUCCUUAUGGGGCAACAUCUUCGAGUUCUUCGCGCAUUCCAAAUGAGGGAUAGGAAUUUCGGGAAAACUGCUCCUACCAUGACGGCGGAAGCUGCGGAACGUUGGCGUUCCAGUUACCGUAAAUAUCGACAUCAAAAACAUCAGGAGAAAAAAGCAGCCGCCGAACGAGCUGCAGCGGAACGAGCUAAACUGCCGGCCGAUAUCAAAGAGAAACGGAAAACCUUCAAACAGAUCAAGGCAGUGGCUCGUGGCAGAUCACUCGACAAAAAUGAACAUCGUCACAAGAAAAAGCAGCACUCCGUAGAUAUUGACGAUAUGUAA